AUAGAAGACAACAACCCCCAUCUCCCACCCCGCUCCCUUCAUUACGAAUGCUCUGCGGCGCCAUCAGCAGAGAUCAGAUUCCAUGGCGGCGGCGGAAGAGAACGGCAAUGGAUUAGAGUUCCUAACAGAUCCUGUCGACAGAUUCCCCUGGCCGGCUCUUGAAGCCAACGACUUAACUCCGGGCGGUGAGGCAGGCACAUGUCUCACACAGUUGGCUGCUGAAUGAAGCAUGGGAGAUGUUGGCGACGACCCCCUCUCAACCCAGUUGCCCAAGGAUAACGGCUGCGAACCACUGAGCUUGUCGGCGGGCGAUUCACAACAGUCAACAGGGAAAGAUGACCCUCAAGCCCCCUGCUGGACUAGAAGGAUCUGUAUUGGGCGAGCCCCUAUUGAGCGCACACCAUGCGCUGGAAGAAUAUGUGCCCUCAAAAAAACCUUAAGAGGAUACGUGGAGAAGAAGACAGAUAUUGUAGUGGUACCAGCUGUUGGAUACAACUUUGAUUCAUUGGGAGAAGCAUACCACUUCUACAAUCUGUAUUUGUGGGAAAUUGGAUUUGGGAUAAGAUAUGGAAAAGGUAGGCUGAACGUCGAGAGAACCAAAUGUUUGCAAGAAAUAGUCUGUGGAUGCUCGGGCAAACCAAAAAGAGGAAACACACGGACAUGCCGAUGCGAGUGCCAUGCAUUGAUACAUUUGCUUCGACCAAUGACAAUGGCUGGUACAUAAGUGAGCACAGGCCAUACCACAACCAUCUGUUGACAGAUAAAUGUGGUGAAAAGGUGUACUGCCCUUCACAUAAACAUAUAGAUCUGUAUACAAGAGAUCUUGUCAAACAGCUUAGGGAGAACAAUAUAAGCAUUGGAAAAGUUUACAACAUAAUUGGUAGCUUCUUCGGGUCAAUGAAUAAUGUGCCUUUCAUGAAAAGGGCUCUGAGGGGUCUAUGUGGUGAAAUCAGCCGAGAUCAAGCAGAUGAUGAUGUCCGGAAAACUAUGGAUGUCAUUACAGAAUUGGGUUCAAAGGAUUCUGGUUUGUACUACAGAGUACAACCAGACAGUGAUAGUCGGAUAAGGAAUUUACUCUGGUCAACCGGUGCAAGCAGGAUGCAGUACCAUUAUUUCGGAGAUGCAAUAACAUUUGACACAACAUACCGUACAAACCUCUAUGAUAUGCCAUUUGGGCUGUUUGUUGGAGUUAAACAACCAUUUCCAGAGCAUUAUCUUUGGCGGUGUGCUUGUCAGGGAUGAGACAAAGGAAACUUUCGAGGCGGUUUUCAGCGAAUUCAUCUGCAUGACGGGUGGCAAACAUCCUCGGACCAUUCUUACAGAUCAAUGUAGAGCUAUGGAGCUUGCAAUAGAGAAAGUAAUGCCGGACAUCACACACCGGUGGUGCAAGUGGCACAUCCUGAAGAAGGCUAAGGAAAAACUUGUGCAUACUACUCAAAACGAAGCGAUUUCAGAGCAGAAUUUCAUAAAGUUGUGAAUCACAUGAUAACGGAAGAAGAAUUUGAAAAUGCAUGGGCACAGCUCCUUGAGAAAUACAAUUUGCAAAAAAAACACUUACAUUUCACACAUCUAUGAAGUUCGCACGAAGUGGGCAAAACCAUAUUUCAGGGGCAUAUUUUGUGCAAAAAUGACAAGCACACAGCGAAGUGAGAGCGCAAAUCAUAUGCUGAAGGGAUAUGUGCCAGCAAGCUGCCCCAUGCACUUAUUUGUAAGGCAAUACAUGAGGCUGCUUUUCGGUCGAGAAGCAAACAAGAACUAUGAGGAGAGGCGAACAAAGAUUACAUUGCCAUCUAUGAAGGUAAACACGCCGCUGGAAUUUCACGCUAGCAAUAUCUACACACGAGCAAUGUUUGAGAAAUUUGGUGAGAUCCUGUAUGAAGCAGGGCAGUACAGAGUAGAAGAGGUCGAGAAAGGUUCAAAAUAUAAUGUACAUCGAUAUCACCCGGAUAAACAUGAAAAGUGGUGCAGAGUAUUGUACGUCGUGCAUGUCCACGGUCAGGGUGAAGAAUUGACAUGUGAAUGUGGCAACUUCGAGCACACAGGAUUACUAUGCUCAGUGGCGGAGUUCUACUGUUGGCCCACCCUUACUCAUUGGGCUAGAUCCGCUACUGACUAUGCUGCCAUUAUUAAGGUUCCUGAUUUCCUUGGUAUAGACAGAAUUCCAUCAAAGCAUAUCCUCAAAAGAUGGACAAAAGAAGCAAGAGACAUACUUCCAGAUCACUUGGCACACCUACAGAAAGGCAAUAUUUCAGUAAACUCAAUAACAUUCAGACAUUCAAAUAUGUAUACACAUGCUUUAGAGGUGGUGAAACUUGGUGAUGCAAAUCCAGUUGCCUACGAUUGCGCGAUGGAACUUCUUAGAGCAGCAAUGGAUAAACUGACCCCUUUAGCUGCUGAGCAUGAUGGUCUGGGUUUAGUGCACAGAAUAGAAUUGAAAAAGACAAAGGUUAAGGAAUUGAGUCUGCUAGAAGGGCCACAUAAUGGGUGCAUGAGCGACGAUGAGGGCAGUGCCAUUGGAAAUUUCAUUGGAUUGUCUGCUCCAGAACGUAAACGGAAAGCCGGACGACCAACUAAUAGCAGAGACAAGCCUCCGUACGACGACCGAUCUGGGAAGAGAAAAAAGUUGAAGGUUACAUCAGAAGUGAAUGGUGCUCUCGGAUGCGCCACAAGUAAACGAACACGGUUCUGCACUAUAUGUCGUGGCCCUGGUCACAAAAGCACAACUUGUCCACAAAGAGGAGACGCGCCUCAAAAGAAAGGAAAGAACCAAAAUGCUCGAUUUUCGGGGUGGGAGGUCAUCGGAAGAACACAUGCAACAAUCCUAAGAUCAUGGUACAUGUUGCAGAGCAAACAACUCCUGAUCCUGGUAGCAGCCAGUGAUUAUUCUAUGCAACUAAGAAAGCAUAUAUAUCAAGUAGAACCCAGAUUGUUGGUGUUUGCUUGUAGAUGAAUGCCACUUCCCUGAUGUCUAUUUUAAUCUGUACUUGUCUGAACCUUGUGAACCCAUGCUGCGUGUGUGCAAGCAUCGCAAGUGAAUCUGAAUGUUAGCUGGUACUGCUUUGUAUCGUGAAUGCUCUGUUGCAUUUGCCUUGCCUCAAUAAUGUACUGCGUUUGCCUAAUAACAUUAUUUAAAUGGAUGUACCGUUGACAUAUAUGUUUGAUGCUGCUGUGGCAUUAU